AGGCCAAACCCUGAGCCUUCUCCAACGCCAAACCCUGAGCCAAAGCCUGAGCCUUCUCCAAGGCCAAACCCUGAGCCUUCUCCAACGCCAAACCCUGAGCCUACUCCAACGCCAAACCCUGAGCCUUCUCCAACGCCAAACCCUGAGCCAAACCCUGAGCCUUCUCCAACACCAAACCCUGAGCCUUCUCCAAUGCCAAACCCUGAGCCAAACCCUGAGCCUUCUCCAACGCCAAAGCCUGAGCCAAAGCCUGAGCCUUCUCCAACGCCAAACCCUGAGCCUUCUCCAACGCCAAACCCUGAGCCAAAGCCUGAGCCUUCUCCAACGCCAAACCCUGAGCCUUCUCCAACGCCAAACCCUGAGCCAAACCCUGAGCCUUCUCCAACGCCAAACCCUGAGCCAAACCCUGAGCCUUCUCCAACGCCAAACCCUGAGCCAAACCCUGAGCCUUCUCCAACGCCAAAGCCUGAGCCAAACCCUGAGCCUUCUCCAACGCCAAACCCUGAGCCUUCUCCAACACCAAACCCUGAGCCAAAGCCUGAGCCUUCUCCAACGCCAAACCCUGAGCCUUCUCCAAUGCCAAACCCUGAGCCAAACCCUGAGCCUUCUCCAACGCCAAACCCUGAGCCUUCUCCAACGCCAAGCCCUGAGCCAAACCCUGAGCCUUCUCCAACGCCAAACCCUGAGCCAAACCCUGAGCCUUCUCCAAUGCCAAACCCUGAGCCAAACCCUGAGCCUUCUCCAAUGCCAAACCCUGAGCCAAACCCUGAGCCUUCUCCAAGGCCAAACCCUGAGCCUUCUCCAACGCCAAAGCCUGAGCCAAAGCCUGAGCCUUCUCCAACACCAAACCCUGAGCCUUCUCCAACGCCAAACCCUGAGCCAAACCCUGAGCCUUCUCCAACGCCAAACCCUGAGCCUUCUCCAACGCCAAACCCUGAGCCAAACCCUGAGCCUUCUCCAACGCCAAAGCCUGAGCCAAAGCCUGAGCCUUCUCCAACGCCAAACCCUGAGCCUUCUCCAACGCCAAACCCUGAGCCAAACCCUGAGCCUUCUCCAACGCCAAACCCUGAGCCAACGCCUGAGCCGUCACCAAUGCCAAACCCUGAGCCUUCUCCAACACCAAACCCUGAGCCAAAGCCUGAGCCUUCUCCAAGCCUGAGCCAAAGCCUGAGCCUUCUCCAACGCCAAACCCUGACCUAA